AUGGCCUUGGGACAGAAUCACACCACAGUGACGAAGUUCAUCCUGCUGGGCCUCACAGACCAGGCAGACCAAAAACAACUCCUCUUUGCCGUCUUCCUGCUGAUCUAUGCGGUGACUAUGGUGGGGAACCUGGGCCUGAUAGAUGUGAUCCGCGCCAGCUCCACCCUCCACACCCCCAUGUACUUCCUCCUGAGCGCGCUCUCCUUCCUUGACAUCUGCAAUUCCUCUGUGUUCACCCCCAGGCUGCUGGUCAGCUUCCUCUCCGCCGACCAGUCCAUCUCCUUCGUGGGCUGUGUGGUCCAGAUGGCCCUCAUGGCCCUCCACGGCACAGGGGAGUGUCUGCUCCUGGCCAUCAUGGCCUAUGACCGAUUCGUGGCCGUCUGCCACCCUCUUCUCUACCACACCAUCAUGUCCAAGCGCUUGUGUGUCCGGCUGGUGGUGGUUACCUAUGCUGUGGGGGUGUUCAUUUCAACACUGCAGACGGGGAACGCCUUCAUCUUGCCCUACUGUGGCCCCAACAUCAUUGAUCACUACUUCUGUGACAUCCCCCCCGUGCUCCAGCUGGCCUGCUCAGACACCACUGUGGCCAAUGUCAUCCUGCUCUUCUUUUCUGCCCUGAUCACUGUCCCCACAAUCUCAGUCAUCUUGGUCUCUUAUGCCUACAUCCUGGUCACAAUCUGCAGGAUGAGGUCCCUGGAGGCCCAGCGUAAGGCCUUCUCCACCUGUGCCUCCCACCUGACAGCCCUCUCCCUUUUCUAUGGGUCCGUGUUCCUUGUAUAUGUCCAACCCAACCCUGAAACUGCUUCAGCCUAUAACAAGAUCCUCUCUGUGUUCUACACCAUCGUGAUUCCCAUGCUGAACCCGCUGGUCUACAGCCUGAGGAAUAAAGAUGUUAAAGCCGCUGUGCAAGUUAGGGCUCUCAACCUAAGCAGGAAAGGGAUUUGUUAG